UUGGUCCCGGCCUCGAGCUCAGCUGUGCGGAUCGCGCUGGGUCCCGGAGCCGGCGGCCUCAGGGAUGGACGAGACGAGUCCGCUUGUGUCCCCUGAGCGGGCCCAACCUCCGGACUACACCUUCCCGUCCGGUUCCGGCGCUCACUUUCCGCAGGUGCCGGGGGGCGCGGUCCGAGUGGCGGCGGCGGCCGGCCAGGGCCUCUCUCCGCCCGGCUCGCCAGGCCACGACCGGGAGCGGCAGCCACUGCUGGAUCGGGCCCGGGGCGCGGCGGCCCAGGGCCAGACCCAAACCGUGGCGGCGCAGGCCCAAGCCCAGGCCGCGGCGGCAGCGCACGCCGCGCAGGCCCACCGCGAGCGGAACGAGUUCCCGGAGGACCCCGAGUUCGAGGCGGUGGUGCGGCAGGCCGAACGGGCCAUCGAACGCUGCAUCUUCCCCGAGCGCAUCUACCAGGGCUCCAGCGGGAGCUACUUCGUCAAGGACCUUCAGGGGAAGAUUAUUGCUGUCUUCAAACCCAAGAAUGAAGAGCCAUAUGGGCACCUUAAUCCUAAGUGGACCAAGUGGCUACAGAAGCUGUGCUGUCCCUGUUGCUUUGGCCGUGAUUGCCUUGUCCUCAACCAGGGCUAUCUCUCAGAGGCAGGGGCCAGCCUGGUGGACCAAAAACUGGAACUCAACAUUGUACCCCGUACAAAGGUAGUAUACCUGGCCAGUGAGACCUUCAACUAUAGUGCCAUUGACCGAGUGAAGUCCAGGGGCAAGCGGCUUGCACUGGAGAAGGUGCCAAAAGUUGGGGCGCGGUUUAACCGCAUCGGGCUACCGCCAAAGGUUGGUUCAUUCCAGCUCUUUGUUGAAGGCUACAAAGAUGCAGAUUACUGGCUACGGCGCUUUGAAGCAGAACCUCUCCCUGAGAACACUAACCGGCAACUACUGCUGCAGUUUGAGCGGUUGGUGGUCCUGGAUUACAUCAUCCGCAACACUGAUCGAGGCAAUGACAACUGGCUGAUUAAAUAUGACUGUCCAAUGGAUAGUUCUAGCUCUCGGGACACAGACUGGGUGGUGGUGAAGGAGCCUGUUAUCAAGGUGGCUGCCAUAGACAAUGGGCUGGCUUUCCCCCUGAAGCAUCCUGACUCCUGGAGGGCAUAUCCUUUUUACUGGGCCUGGUUGCCCCAGGCAAAAGUCCCAUUCUCUCAGGAGAUCAAAGAUCUGAUUCUUCCAAAGAUAUCGGACCCUAACUUCGUCAAGGACUUAGAAGAGGACCUCUAUGAACUCUUCAAGAAAGAUCCUGGUUUCGACAGGGGACAGUUCCAUAAGCAGAUUGCUGUUAUGCGAGGACAGAUCCUAAAUCUGAGCCAGGCCCUGAAAGACAACAAGAGUCCCCUGCACCUCGUCCAGAUGCCACCUGUGAUUGUUGAGACGGCCCGUUCCCACCAGCGGUCUGCUAGCGAUUCCUACACACAGAGCUUUCAGAGUCGGAAACCUUUCUUUUCGUGGUGGUAGCCUGAGAGGCAGACAAAGGCAUAUUGUCUGAGACUUGGGCUGGAGGAAGCCUGGGGAGUGGGUUGCAGGAGAAGCCAGAGAAGCUGGUGGAGAACAGUGCCCUUAAGAGCUCUCCCUCUCUCGUCACCCCGCUCAGGGCUUUCCCAAGCACAGGGAGAAGCACAAUCAGAGGAACGUUGAGUGCUGUUGGACCCUUCUGAGUGCUGGGGGCGCUUCUGGAGCUCCUUGCAAGUAGUUCAGAUGCCUGGGAAGGAGCAUCUCCCUUCUAGUGUCUCCUGGGGGCAGGCUGGGAAAUUCCGUUCCCUCCCUGACACCCUGCUGUUUCAAUUCCUCACUGUAUUCUGCAUCAGAAAAGCAAACAAACAACAAAAAACAAAUUUAAAUACUAGUGGCAAAACACAGGCAGAAUCCCAGAUCCUCUCAUGUCAGAAACCUCUAAUCAAGACCUAUAUUUGCAUGGACCCAGACAUUCAGGUGCCUCUCAUUUCCUUACUCCUGUGGACCAAGGCAGCUGGGUGACUCGCAGUGCCGGGACAGACAGAAGUCACACCUACUUUGGGUUUUUGCCAAGUCUUCUUCCCCUUCCCCCAGUGCAAUAGGCUGGCUGAGAGCCUCCAAAUGCAAUUCUCAGGGUGGAUGCUUUUGCUCAAGACCUCCGAGCCAACGAUCAUGUCAGCUCUGCUCUCUGCCCUGCUAGGGACCUGUGUCUCUGUGCAGGCCUGCUGCUUGUCCAUCACUCAGGCAAAGGCAGGAGGGAGGAAGCUGACUCCCCAGCAUGUCAAAGUGGUCCACAUGGCCCAAGUGUAUGCUGGGAGCUGUAACUGGUCUAUGGGCAAACUUACUCCAGCCUUGCUUCCUGAGUCCUUGGCCCUAGCCAAAGGUGGGAAACCCUGCCAGUCCUCUCAUUUGUUCCUGUUGUUUUAGAUAAUUUUUUCUCAACUCUUUUGACUUAGGGGCUCAGUCCUGGGUUCUGGGGGUGGGUCUCAGCUCAGAAAAGGACAGGAUAUUAGGUCCUUAGACUUCUUUUUAUGCUACCACUGCAGCUUGGUGGACGUAACAGGACUAGUAUUCUGCCUCCUCACUGGCCGCUUCCCUUUGCUCCCUGACUUCUUGCUCCAGGCCAGUUUUUCUAUGGCUUCUUGAGAAAGGCAGGCCCAAAGGAGAGAGGCCUUCAAACUGUCCCCCAGUGCCUACCCAGCUCAUUGUCAUCUUCCUGCUUCCAUGUCCUUCAGCUGUCCCCCUUGCCAGGUGUCCGAGCCCUUUCUACACCAAAGCAAAGAACGGCCUCAGGAGGGUGCCAUCUGUGGCUAAGGGGCAGCCCUGUGCUACUGGACACUUCAAGUUGCUGGCCCCCUGCGACUGGUCAAUCAGCCUUGGAAAGAAACUAUCUUGAAGGUUUGGAAAAUCAACCAAAGAAAAGGAGCAAGGACUAUGGCCGUGUGCCCUCUGCUUGCCCAGCUUCCGCCAUCCCGGAGGCAGAGCAGAGAUGUCUAGCACUCUUGUCAGCUGGGCCAGGCUGAUCCCCUUCCAUUCCAGCCCCCAAGCGCCAGCUUCCACCCAGCUGAGAGGAAGAGCCUCUGGGAGCUGGAUAUGCAUGCCCUGAGGAUGAAGGCACAGCUCCCCCGCUGGCCUCACCGUGACAAUCCCAUUCAGCUGACCUGGGCUCUGGCCUGGGGGACCAUGUUUGUGAGAAUGCCUGCCCCCAGACUGCAGGAGCAGCAGGGCUCCCAGAGGUCGGAAGGGGACCCAGGCGUGUUUAGCUCUUCACAGACAUCUUUACACAGGUGUGUUGGUAAAGCUCCCCACCUGAGUGUCAAGAGAAGCUAAACAGCCUAAAAAGGAGCCUGGUUGUUUCCCCAAACCAAGCAGAUCUGCACAUUGCCCUCAUCCAGACCAGCUCUGUUAUGAGAAGGCAGUUGGGUCCAAUGGAAGAGGGAGCUGGUCCCAGCCCUGGCAGGUGAGAGUGCGGGACAUCCCCUCCUGGCCUGUCUCCGUUCUCCUUGAAGCCUGUACUCAGGUUGCCUUGAAUGUGGUCUUUGGGAGAGCCAGGGGCCAGAGUGCCAGGGCAGGUUUCUGGGUGGCACUCACAGAAUGGCCCUGUCCCCCAGUGUCAGGAAGUAGAGGCCGGGCUGUGAGAGUGCUGCUGCCUCUGUAUUGUUCUUCUAAUGCACUGUAGAAAUUGUAUGUAAUGUAUUUAAACCAACGCAAAUGUAUGAAUAACAAGUCCAGUUCUGA